AGAGUACAGAACUUACCUUUCUGUUUGAUCAAGCUGAUCCACACAGAGUGCUGACAUUACCGUCUAGCAGGAAGGUAAAUGUGGAGAUCAGAAGCAUAUCAUAAACGUUUAUAAUACCAGAAAUUGUGGGAGGCUUCUUGAAAAACAGCUUCUGUCAGAGGAAUGGCUUCAUCUGCUCUACAAAUACUUUCACUGCUGCUGGCUUUAGCUGGAUUCACCGUUUUGCUUCUCACUACCAUGUCCAACAGAUGGAAAAUUUCUGGCAGCACAGCAGUGCUGGUUCCUUCAGAUUGGAUUUCCGAAGGCCUCUGGAUGGACUGUGGAAUCACUGAUUUUGGAGCAAUACAGUGCAGGAAGUUUCUUCACAUGCUGAGUUCAGAGAUCCACGUUCAGGCAUGCCGUGCCUUGAUGAUCAUUUCCAUCCUUCUGGGAUUCGUAGCUGCUGUGGUCUCACUGCUUGGUUUAAAGUGCACAAACGUUGGGCUGAGUGAUGAGGAUGAAAAAAUGAAGGUUGCUGUCACCGGAGGAUUUCUUUUUAUUUUAGGAGGUCUCUGUUCGAUGGUGGCCGUUUCUUGGUAUGCUGCAAUGAUUACUGCUCAGUUCUUUAACCCAAUAUAUGCUGGAACCAAGUAUGAACUGGGGGAGGCUCUGUACUUAGGCUGGGCUGGAUCUGUUCUUUGUAUGCUUGGUGGGAUCUUCCUAACCUGUUCGUGCAAAGGGAAGGAAAAACAGAAGUACAGUGUCCACAAAUACAGAUACGCAGCAGGCCAGGCAGCCGGGCAGCAGCAAAUUUACACCGCAAACGCUGAGACGGUCACAGGUUCCCAGGAGUGUGUCUAAACCUACAUGUUCACAUCAUGUGUAACGUUACGAGGGUUUGAACUUACAUUAAAAAAGGAAAAAAAAAAAAGGUCUCCUUCCAGGGAUUCAUUCUAUGUCACAAUCUUUCAUCUUAAUUUGGAGAUGGUCUACAUCUGAACGCCUCCUUCUGGAAAUGGCUUUGAAGUAGAAAUAGGUUUCUGCAGAUGGGAUGUGAAAUCCUGCAGCAUGGAGGCUGUCUGCGUGCUGAGAAGUCUGGCAAUAUUUAAGCACAGAGCAUGGGACACCCUGAUAACUGGGACCACCUUUUCCUGUUUCAGCUAACUAAACAGUGUGGAACUGGUAUGCUGUAGCUUCCUCUGGGUUAGUACAGCUCAUGUUAGAAAUGGUUUUACUUUCGUUAGUGUUGGGAACGUUAGCUUGUAACAGCAAAUAAGCUUCAUUCUGCUGACUGAAUAGACUUUCUGAUGCAUAGUAACCUGCCCAUUAAUGAAGAGAUAGUCUGUGUGCUGGGGGUUUGAAAUCCAAGUCUCACAGUGUACUGAAAUACACGUUAUGUGUGUAGUGAAGAUUUGUAAAAGCUUCAGAAGUCCCUUAAAAACAACCACUCACCUGCGUAUCCGUGGAUGUGCAACAAGUUCCUUGUUGGUUAGGUUGUAGCUAUGAAAAGUAAAUGCUACAGAACAAACCAAACACAGUUGGGAGCAAGGAAAGCAAUUGGUCAGUCUGUGCCUCAAGGUAACUAGAAGAUAGCACCAGUUUUUACUUUUUCCUUCUAUCUUUCCAGCUUCUAAAAUAACUGUAUUUUAAUUUUUGGCAGUCUUUUACUUCUGGAGCUCCUAUUGCAUCUGAACUGCCUAAUUCAAGUAAUUCCACAGUGGCUUUGUUCUCUGUCGUGGUUCCAGCAUUACAAUUGCUGCCAUAAACUGCUCCACUACUGGGAGCAUAUGUUACCUUAUGUAAGUACCUAAGACGUUGAAUAUGAGCUAAUUUUCCUUAAUAUUGAUGUCUUGAGCAACAUGAAAUGGAAUUUCUCACUGCAGGUUCACAGUUGUCAUUAAAUUAUGAAUUUGUUAAUAUAGUUCAGCAAAAUACUUCGGUAUGUCUCUACUUUCUUGUGUCAAACCAUGACUGUAGCCUGAAUGAGAAACCUCGUGCGUCUUCCUUAGCUUGUCCUUCCUUGACUUCCAAACAGAUGCAUUCACUGGGGCAAUCUGCAAACACUUGGAGUAGUUUAGUCACUUUGUUUGCAUACAGAUACUGCUGACUUGCAAAGUGACACUUUAAGGAAUGAAUUUGGCCACUGAUAGAUCAUAAUAAACUUAAUAAAUUAAAUCCAAAGGAGUGACAAUGGUUUUAGGUUGCCACUGUCAUCUUUGUUCCUCAACAACCAAAUCUUUCUUGUAAAAUCACCCCUUUGGAAUAUUAGAGAGUAAUUUCAGAAGCAGAGGAGCCAUUGAGCUUGCAUGGUGGGAGCUGAGCUCCUUAUAAUCACCUGAAUAUUCUGUCCUGUAUCUUUUUGUGCAAACCUGUGCUGGUUUCUUGGUCUAGUUGAAUGUAAGAACAAUUCGGAAUCUAUGCAGAGCAGUUGGUGUGUCAGAACUCAGAGCUUCCGUGUCUUGCAUCAGCUCUUCCAGCAACAUCACUGGGAAGCCAAGUGUGAAACCCCUCGUUUGUUCAUUCAGUGCACCACUGCCACAUUCAGCACUGCUGCGGGGACACAAAUGCUGUUUACCUGUUGGUUUGUGGUCCUUCUGACAGUUGGGUGUUUCUACUGUUUUUCCCUGAUUAUCUGCUCCUUUCCCAAGCACCACCAUCAGUCAUCUGAAUGAAUGUAAGGAGCCAUCCACUCAGUGUAGCAAUCAGGCAUUUUAUAUACAGGCCAUAUAUACUGUCAUAUUUUUUUUCUACUUCGGCCUACAGCAAGCUGCUUAAAAACAGCCGUGUGUGGAGGUGUUUCAAAGUGAGUUUGGUCCUUUGCUCAGCAGAUCAGACUGCUUUGGUAUUUUCAGAUCUUCUUCGUAUCUCUGUAGCUGAGACCAAAACCCUGCGUUGGGUUCUGCUACUGGUCUGGCAGCCUUCACCGCCUAGAAAAAAGAGAGACGUUACAGAAGCAAUGGAAGUAUCAUGCAAACUGAUUUCUUCUUCUUAGGCUUUUGAGAAGAUUUAUUUUGGUUUUGAUUUUGUUAUGGAAUAAUAAAUGGAUGUUUUUGAUGACCUCA